AUGUCUGACGAGCAACCCGCCAACUGGCCGGAUGCAGAUCAGCAGUAUGUCUGUGCCGAAGGCAGCGCCGUUAAAAUCUUGCCUCCAGCACAUCUUACCAAUCUGGCCUGGGACAGCUACAAGAUCGGAAUACUCCAGUCACCUAGGCCAUGCAGCUUGAGGGUGAUUCUACUCGGUCUUCAGCGCCACCGUAAAAUACUCAACUUCCAGAACUUUUUCCACUGUUGCCAAGAUCCGGCGAGGGCAUUUCAUCACCGUCAGGUCGGAUGGUCAACCGAAUUCUGGGUCUCCGAUUGCGUUGUCAUCGACCGAAUGGGCGCAGAAAAGCGACAGUCGGUAAGAUCGGCGUUGCGCACUAACGAGCCGACAGAGAGGCUCUUCAUCUGUGUUGGACUGCCAGUUACCACAUUUGGCCCACUUUUUAAUACUAUUGUCUCGGCAUAUAACGGCGGUACCGACUCUUUUGGGUUGUCGAAUGGCUUUAUUUGGGUAGAAGCCCUGUUGGACUUGCACAAAUUUUCCAUAAAAUUAAAUCCCCCGCAGGACCCUGACCAGCAUCCGUUUCUGAAUAUGCAGAGACAAAUGGGCGACAAAUCGUUGCUUGUCGAAGCAAAGCUCACCUUCACGUUGGAAACUUCAAUUCGGAUGAAAACAGUCAUCCAGGCGGAGUUGCUCGAAGUGUCCAAUAUUCGCACCACUUCUACGCACAAACCAAUUAAUCACACAAGAAUUGAGAGUACGGUGGUGUGA